UCACCGUCAUCUAUUCUUGCCCUUAAGGUUGCCUAGGAGACACAGAAGAGGGUGUGGCAGUGAGCCUUGCUGUUCCCUCUACGUCCCCUCCCUCCCACAGCUCUCCCGCUGGGCUGAUCAAAGAGGCUGCCACUCCCCCCUCCUCUCCCUCCAUGGGCAGUGUUCUGGCAGUACAGGGGAGCCCCAGUAUGCCUCAUGGUGUGGACACCAUCGGGCUGCAGGUGGACUACUGGCUGGCAUCGCUGGCGGAGAAGCGACGUGAUGGGGAACGGCGUGACACGGGCGGUAAGAACACCCUGAAGAGUGCCUUCAGGUCCCUGCAGGUCAGCAGGCUACCAGGAGGGGGCAUCAGUGAGACCCAGGCCCAGGUCAGCACCAUGGCCAUGACGGUGGUCACCAAGGAGAAGAACAAGAAGGUUCCCACCAUCUUCCUGGGUAAGAAACCGAAGGAGAAAGACGUAGACUCUAAGAGCCAGGUCAUCGAGGCCAUCAGCAGACUCAUCUGUUCUGCCAAGCAGCAUCAUACCAUGUUGAAAG